AUGAAAUUGCCCUACUCUUUUAAUUUUAUUAUACCAUGCUUGAUUUUAACAUGCUUUUGCCUGUUCGUGGUACCCGCGGAAUCUGCUCCACAAAACUUUACCUACACAGAGAAUCCCAGCCACACUGAAUUUUCAAACUCAAUACCUCGCAUAAAUAAGCUCGCAACUUAUGAAGACGGGACGGUUCUUGUCCAUCUCAUACGAAGGAAUCCUGACAAUACCUGCGCACAACGAUUUUCUGCUUUAUUAAAUGAAUCGGGCGCCUGUUUAGAACAAUCGUUAUUUCUCAGGAUUAUCGACUUAAAUGGAACGGUCACGGAGAUUAAUCUAAAUAAUACAAAUUUGGGACUAGAUCCCGUAAAUUUCUUUGCAUUUGUUAGCGACCUCGGAAUUACUACGAAUCCCAUUAGUGUAUUUCCCUUGCAAAGUCCUUUCAUCCUAGUAAAUUAUGUGAAUAUGACGAAUUCCUCCGAUGUUAAAACUUACGAGGAUUGGGGAAUGGUGAUAGACUGGUCCGGUAAUAUUUAUAGCAAAUUGAAAUAUGGUAAAUCCUACGUGGCUCCGGACGGUCAUUGGAGUCCAAAUUACUCAAUCAACUUAAAUAUAAAUCCGGCAAUGGGUUUUCUUAGAUUUUCGACCAUAACCACUUCCAACGCCAUAUGGCAGCAAUACGUCGUGGAUAAUUCAGGGCAGCUAUCUUUGCUGUCACAAGACUCUUUUACGGUGCCCAAUUUCUCCAGUUUCUCUGUUAACGUAUUCUCGACCGUUGAUCAGGGGUAUGCCAUAGUGUACGCCAACUCAUCAGCUUCCACCGGAAACAACAACACCGGCAUAUUCAAUACACUCGGCGGAGUGUAUGCUUUCUUUUUAUCAUACGGUCAAAAUAUCACCGGCAACUCGUAUAUCCUCUAUCAAACACCCAUUCCCAAUCUAACAUUUCGGACCGUUUUUUGUGAUAUAGCCUUUGUUGGUGUUGGUCAUGUGUGCACAGUUUCAGUGUCCCAAACCGUCCAAAACACCACCGACGCUUAUUAUUUGAAAAUAUUCUUCCUAUCAUCGGGGUCAGUGUUGUCAUUCACUCCGAUAUCAAUAUCAAAUCUAACUCUGUCAAACGUUAAUGUGAGCUUUACUGGAUGGAGUGUAACGGAAAUGCCUUUUGGUGGCUACACGCUGAAUGCCAUAACACCGUUGACGCUUAGCACAACUAAUUACUACCUUUAUGCUCACGGUCUGUGCGCGAUGUUUGUACCCGAAACCGAGAUAGCCAGCUCGGAUGGAACGGACAACAAUUGCAAAAUUGUUGAGAAAGAACCAAUACCCAAAUUCAGAUUCGAGACGGAUCAUGCUUCCAUAAUGCAAAGAUUGGGAACGGAAGAGGAGGCGAACAACAGUGACAAAGAGGACUCGAUGGAUUUCGUUUACUGA